GCUCGCCGUAAGCGCUUUCUUCUUCUAUAAAAUUUUUUCCAAUCGCCCUUCUCCGGCCUCCGAAAUCUCACCGAUCGAGAGAGAGAGAGAGGGAGCGGUCAUGGCGACGAAGGGAGCCGGAGGGGAGCCGGCGUUGGGGGUUCCGUACGGGUACGCGGCCUCGGCGCCGCAGCAGCAGGGGGCACCGUACGGGUACGCGGCGGCGCCGCCGCAGCAGCAGGGGAUGCCGUAUGGGUACGCGGCGGCGCAGCCGCAGCAGGCGCAGGCGUUCUACGUGGUGCAGAACCCCUACCAGGCUGGGAUGAUCCCCCCGAACGCCAUCUACGGAGACCCCACGGGGAUCCCUCUGCAGCAGACCAUGUUUCGGGAUACCCCCGCCCCCUUCCAGUGCGUCUACUGCGGCUCGUCCGGCCUCUCCACCAUCAAAUCGAAACUAAGUCUGGCCGCUGUUGUGGGUUGCAUGAUGCCAUUUAUGCUGGGAGUCUGCUUCCUUUGCCCCUCCUUGGACUGCCUUUGGCACAAAUAUCAUUACUGCCCUAACUGUGGACAAAAGGUUGGUGAAUUCGAGAAAUCAGACCCAUGUCUUGUUGUGGAUGCAGCCCGCUGGACCGAGAAGAGUUUUGCUGUGCCUGCAUAAGUCUGAAUUCAUGAAGCUUUUCUUUGGAGCUGUAAAUGAGCGAGCUAUUAGACGAUAACAAAAAGUCCACAUGUUUCAAGUGAAGGGUUAUACUUGUGUUAUGGUGCUUUUGAUGACAUUUUGUGAUAUUCACGGAAUAAUUUAGUGGAUUGGUCCACGACUUCAUUUAUAAUACUGCGUUUGAUUUGGUCAUCUAUUGCAGCCA